AAGACACACACAGGAGCUUCCAUCUGGCCACAUCAAGAAAAAAUGUCAAUGUCUACUUUUACACUUAACUGUUUCUCAGAAAUUGCGCUUAAGAGAGAUGCUCCCUAAGAAGUCAUGAGCAAAUAGUAUUGCUAAGCAUUUUUAGUAUUCACCCAGGUUAAACCACUGAUUUGCAUAAACAUGCCUAUGUUUGUAGAUGUGGGCUGUGGAGGAGAGAAGAGGCUCCGGGACCUUAUAAUUAGUUUAAAUUUGUACUUUUCAGUUGAUGACUGUGGCCUUGGAGAACUACCUCAAUGGCAGUUUUCUCAUCUGUUGUGUGGAGAUAUAGUGCCGCCACUGAACAAUUAUAAAGAGAAUACAAUAAAAAAAAUCUAAUACUAACUUAGAGUUUAUCACAUGCCAGGCACCGCGCUGAGAAUUGCCUCAAUUCAGUUGUUAGGACUGUUCUUUCCCGCGGGGAAGCGGAGACCCGGGUUCGUUCAAGAUUUGGCUUCACCAGUAAACCCACCAACGUGACCGAGGACGGCAUUGCUGCUGGAGGUGUAAUGGACAUUAAUACUGCUCCACAAGAGGUGCUGAAGACCACCCUCAUCCACGAUGGCCUAGCACGUGGAAUUCGUGAAGCUGCCGAAUCCUUAGACAAGCGCCAAGCCCAUCUUUGUGUCCUUGCAUCUAACUGUGAUGAGCCUAUGUAUGUCAAGCUGGUGGAGGCCCUUUGUGUUGAGCACCAGAUCAACCUCAUUAAGGUUGAUGACAACAAGAAACUUGGGGAAUGGGUAGGCCUAUGUGAAACUGACCCAGAGGGUAAGCCCCACAACGUGGUUGGUUGAAGUUGUGUAGUGGUUAAGGACUGUGGCAAAGA